AUGGAUCAAGCAUCUAUCCUCAGUCUCCUAUCCACCAGGAACACAGUACUCACCGACAACACUAGACACGAACGGUCGCGGAAUCAACCUACCAUGAUUGCUAUGAAUGCUGAGAACAUAACUCGUUGGAACGAUUUCAACAUGGUCAAUAUCAACAAUGCCUACGGAGACUUGCUGAGCAAACCUUCAAACAUCAUCCUGGGGCAAGGAGCCAUCAAGUCUUUCCGUAACCAGUCCGAGCUGCGAAACUACGCCUUAGAUCCAUUGAUUUACACUUUGCGUCCGCUGGUGUCUGAGAGCGCGCGUGUGCUUGGCCAGAGACUCGGCUUCUCCCCCACCAUUGAGUGGCACCGGGAUAUACCUUUGGCUGGUCCGCAAGUCGUUGCACGACAGGCUUUCCAUCCUAGCUUGACGAUUUUUGCUGAUACCAUGCCUCGAGAAAACCUUGUCACUAGCAUGGUCCACGUCUCAAGCACCUGGUGUUCCACAGACAUUGAAAACGAUUCUACGAAUCCUAUCCAGCACCUUGGAAUAUACGCGGAGCCCAGCGGGACUCGCUACAGUUUUGCGAUAACCGACACCGAAGUAGUUGUCAUUCGCUUCCACUCGCUGAAUGGGGGAGAGACUGGCGCCCAGUGGAAGGCGAUUCCGCGUAGUGUGUGCGGCGAAGGAACCUUGACGAUCAACCUGGCCAUAUGGGCUCUCAUCAUGAUGAGCUUAAACGACCAACACCGCUCGGUCGUCGAGUAUGCACGAACGACUCCCAUCAAUGCCUGGUCGGCGCAUGACGGUUUCUAUUGCAACUAUCUUUCGGGACGCCGCCUCGACUAUCUCCCAACGGGGGCUGUGCUUCUGGAUCAGCAGAUCUAA